AUGGGAACUGCCCAACUUCCCAGAAAAAUUAGUUGCCAAAGGCUUUCGGAUCUGAUGUACAAGCAUUACCUGUACACUCCAAGUCCUUCCCACUUGGACGUUCUGUCAUACCGAGCUGUGAGAGAAAAAGAGGUUGCAAAACUUGUAACUGUUCGUCUUCUUCUCUCGGUUGCGUCCGUAAAAGGAUGGCCACUUCACCAAUUAGACGUAAAUAAUGCUUUUCUACAAGGUGAUCUUGAAGAAGAAAUCUAUAUGAAAUUACCACCCGGAUUUUCUCGUAAGGGGAAGAAUUCCGUUUGCAAAUUGAACAAAAUGAAUGGCCUUAAACAAGCUUCUCGACUAUGGUUUUCAAAAUUCUUAAACACCUUUAUACAAAAGGGUUUCACUCAAUCCACUGCUGAUUAUAGCCUUUUUAUAUAUAAAAAGGGUUUAAUUUCUCUUUGUGUACUCAUUUAUGUGGAUGAUAUCAUCAUUACCGGCAAUAAUGAAACAUCAAUUUCCAAACUUAAAACUUAUUUGGAAAAAUUGUUUUCGAUUAAAGAUCUUGGUAAACUUCAAUAUUUUCUAGGAAUUGAAGUAUCUCAUUCAAAGCAAGGUAUAUUUUUAUGCCAACGAAAGUAUAUUCUUGAUAUCUUAAAAGACGCGGGCUUGACAGGUGCUCGCACUUCUGAUUUCCCUAUGGAGCAACAACUUCAGCGAAAACCCGAUGAUGGUCAACCUAUGUCUGAUCCAACUGUCUUCCAUCGCCUCAUUGGUCGACUAUUAUAUCUUACCGUAACAAAACCAGAUAUCACAUAUGAUGUUAAUACUUUGAGUCAAUUUAUGAGUAAUCCUCACAUAGCUCACAUGGAUGCCGCAAAUCGCAUUCUUCGUUAUCUAAAAAGUACUAUUGGAAAAGGCCAUUUUCUAUCAUUUAGCAGUACUCUUCAUCUAAGUGGAUAUUGCGACUCUGAUUGGGUUGGAUGCCCAACAACCAGAAGAUCCACCACAUGCUAUAUUACCAUGCUUGGUGGUAGUCCAAUUUCUUGGAAAACCAAGAAACAAGCAACAGUUUCCCGCUCUUCUGCAGAAGCGGAAUAUCGUGCUCUUGCCACACUUACAUGUGAAGUUCAAUGGUUAAAUUAUAUCCUAAAUGGUCUUGAUAUACCUCAUUCAGAACCAAUUUCUAUUUUUUGUGACAAUCAAGCUGCAAUCCACAUUGCCGAAAAUCCAGUCUUCCAUGAACGAACUAAACAUAUUGAAUUGGAUUUCCACUUCAUCCAAAAAUAA